AUGGCCUCUGCAAGAGUUGUGAGGCGAGGCGUUGGAGUGCGGGAUGAACGCAUCUUUGGCUUGGCACCACAGCACGUCCUGGUGCUCGGCAUUCCGCUUUGCAUCGUCGCAGUCGGAACAUUUCACUCGGUCCUGAGCGGAUCUCAUCUGAGCAACCUAUCCAUCACCUCUGCAUCGCUAACGCAAACGCAAACGCAAAGCAUUCCCACUGCCGACUCUUCCGCACCUGAACCUCCUCUCUCUUACUUUGCCGACAGGAGAAACCUGCUCAAUGUCGUAUUCAUCAAGAAUCUCUGGGCUUGGACUACGCUGGCGUGGUUCUUGCAAGCCAUUACCCUCAGAGCUGCUCCAUCUCUGCAAGAGACGAGAUCCGUACAGCUAGCGCAGAACAAGAAGAGGAGGGAUGUGGAUGAUGCGGCUGCGGCUGCGGCUGCGGAUGCGGAUGCGGAUGCGAGUCAAACGGAUCAGGAUGGCACCAUCGUCAGUCCGCUUGCCAGAUCAGCAUUCAGGUACGCCAUCGCUACCACCACUUGGCGUGAGUUUCGAAUAGCCUUGCGAGCUCUCGAGAGAGAACAAGCCACGUGCUUGUACGCCUUGGAGCGCCCAUGGAUGUUCCAUGCGUCCGCUCCCACGCUGUGCGCUCCGACUUUGCUCACUCCUGCUCUUACCACACUCGUCCGCGUCGCGCUGCUACCAUCGAACAUCUCCUCAGUGUGAGUCGUGGCGCAUACAUGCGGAUUCUUGGGUAGCCUAGCUCAUGCCAAUGUCCAAUGUCACCUUCUUCAACAGUCUCUUUGCCGCCUGGUUCUUUGGUCCUUCCUUGACGACGCGCCUUCGAGUCUGGACAGGAGCGACGUGCGUGCCUGCUAGCAUCAUCACUGCUGCUCCAGGCAUCGUCGUGCCGCCGGGUGGCAUCGAUCCGAUCAUCUGUCUGACGGGAAAAGGCAUCACGCCAGCGUCUCAUCCGACGCUGUUCUCAGCAGCUACUCUGAGCGGGGCGCAUGCCAGCGGAGGUGUGAUCCGGCCCAAGUGUGAGUGCGAAUGCACCACGCGCGAAUAGAGUGGAGCGAGAUUGCGGGGCGCCACGCACGCACGCACGCCGAUUAUCGUUUGAGCUGACACCAGCGCGCGACGACGACAUGCACAGUCAGAGGAGGUCACGACUUAUCAGGUCACACGUUUAUCCUCAUCCUCUCCUCGCUCUUGCUGGUAGAAGAUCUACUGCCCUACCUCUCCUAUCUGAUCCCCAGUAUUCCUCUUCCUCGUUCCUUGCGCGCAUCUCGAAAUCCCUUUAGCAGCAGCAGCAAAGGCAGCAGCAACGAGGUCAAAGCGCUCAUCAACCGAUCGGUCGCCUAUCUGAUCCUGCUGGUGAUCCUGCUCGAAUGGUUCUGUCUACUCAACACCGCCCUCUUUUUCCACACGCCGCAAGAAAAAGUCUCUGGCUUUGCAGCUGGCGUGCUGGGAUGGGCUUUGUUGCCCAAGGGAGGCUGA